GCCAUCUGAGUCACUGUCCCGAGGUUUGUUUUUUGAUGAUGUUGCAAUGGAGACCACUUCCACAACAGGAAAUGGACUUUUUGGUCCCCCGGGAGAGGAAACGGUCUGGGGUCAACUCAAAGGUCAUAGAAGUCCAAGCGAAAGUGUGUGGAAAAAGAGGAGCUGACGCCGACCACGACUACCGUGGAAACCACGACGACGAGCAACGCGGUUCCCCUUGGCAACAACAGCGACGAGGCGGCACCGAAGCAGUACAGCUGGGACAAGAGGGACAAGGUGGACCCCAAGGACUACAUGCUGACGGGCCUGAAGGACGUGACGGCCGGCCGUCUCCCCGGGAAACUGAACGGUCAGCAGUUUGUGAUCCAGGACUGCGAGAACUGCGACAUCUUCGUGCUGGACCACUCGGCGGCGGUCACGGUGGACGACUGCGUCAACUGCCGCCUGGUGCUGGGCCCCGUCAAGGGCAGCGUCUUCUUCCGGGACUGCAAGGACAUCAAGUGCGUGGUGGCGUGCCAGCAGUUCCGCACGCGCGACUGCAAGAAGAUGGAGGUGUUCCUGUGCUGCGCCACGCAGCCCAUCAUCGAGUCCAGCACCGGCGUGCGGCUGGCCUGCUUCCAGUACUACUACCCCCAGCUGGCCGCCCACUUCAAGGACGCCGGCCUCAGCGUCUUCAACAACAACUGGAGCAACGUCCACGACUUCACGCCCGUCGCCGGCGAGACCAACUGGAGCCUGCUGCCGGAGAGCACCGCCGUGCUGGACUCGGUGCCGGCCCCGGACUCCGGGUCGGAGUUUAAGUCCGUCCGGAUCCUGGGGGACGCGGCGCACAGCAUCGUGCCUCUGACCAGGGGCGCACGGCGCAAGGACAGCCAGGAGUCCUGCCUGUUUGUGUUCUUCGCCGGAGACUACGCCACCGCCAACGCCCGCAAGAUGAUCGACCUGGCCACUGCUGCAGGUUUGGUGCUGGUCCAGACCAAGGAAGUGUGUAUGCGGCCAGAAGACGUCAAGCGUGUGUUCCAGAAGCAGGCUGAGGAGAUGGUGCAGUGGACUAGCUCAGGUCCGGUCAUCGCCAUGGAGAUGAACGGUGAGGGCGUGGUGGAGGCCUGCAAGAAGCUGGCCAGCGAGGUCUUCAGCGGGGCCAAGGUUUUUGUGUCGGAGGACAAGCACUCGUCUUGUCGGGACGUGGACAGCUUCUUCAACUUUGCUGACAUGCAGAUGGGCUUGUGAGUCCCGGUCCUGGUCCUGGUCCUGGUGCUGCUUGUAGUUCUUGAGGUCCACGGGUGUGACUCGGUGGUCUCUGCUGGAGGACUUUCAUGCCCGACUUGCUGUGGAUAUUUAUUCUGUGUUUGCUUGCGUCAAGUCUGCGUCUUGCUCAACGGCUGCGGGCAGGCCUGCUGGGUUCUAAGAACUCUGCUGCUGGUGCCAGUCCCUGGUCUAGUACCAUGGUCCCAAACAUCCAUCAAGACCCAGCAGGCAAGUUCAUUCUGGUGCCGCUCACUUUACUCCAACUCAAUCUGAACGUUACCUUAAAAUGACUCAAUAUGUGAUAUGAUUCAA